AAGCAGACUACUUCUACAAACAUUUGUGAAAGACUGUGUAAUAAGUCCAUCUGUGAAAUUUCCUUGCUACCAAAUAUUCCACGGUCAACUGUUAGUGGUAAUUUAACAAAGUGGAAGCAACUGGGAACAACAGCAACUCAGCCACAAAGUGGUAGGCUACAUAAAUUGACAGAGCAGGGUCAGCGUAUGCUGAAGUGCACAGUGUGCAGAAGUCGCCAACUGUUUGCAGGGCCAAUAGCUAAAGACCUCCAAACUUUGUGUGACCUUCAGAUUAGCAUAACAGUACAUAGAGAGCUUCAUGGAAUGGGUUUCCAUGGCCGAGCAGCUGCUUCCAAGCCUUACAUCACCAAGUGCAAUGCAAAGCACCGGAUGCAGUGGUGUAAA